UUAAGAUGCUGUUUGUCGUCGUUGUAGUUUUUGCUGUACUCUGGCUGCCGUACAGAGGGAUGCUAGUGUACAAUUCGUUCGCCGUCCUCUUCAAUGGGCCACCUUUUAUGGAUUUGUGGUUCCUCAUGUUUGCCAAGACUUGCGUUUACAUUAACAGUGCGAUAAAUCCGAUUUUGUACAACGCAAUGUCAAGCAAAUUCAGAAGAGCGUUCCACAGACUGCUAUGUUGCCGCAAAGUGGGAGUUGCAAGCAGGAGGAAAGCUGACACAAUUUCGGAGGACGUUGGCAGAUCGAUCUCGACGACGAAGAGAACAACUACUUUCUACUCGGAAGAUCAUCGAGACACAAAUUUUUAAAUGAAAAAAAUCCCUAGGCGAAAAGAUCAAGCGUUGAAAAUUAAUCAAA